AUGAAACGGAAAGGAGUCAGCUUUUCUCUCCCCGUCACGGUGGUGAUGUUGGUGAUCGGUUUCAUCUAUUUCUCCACGGUUUUCGUUUUCAUUGAUCGGUGGUUCAGCCUCACUUCCUCUCCCGGAAUCGCGAACGCCGCCGUGUUCACCGCCUUGGCUCUAGUGUGUAUCUACAACUACUCCAUCGCGAUUUUCAGGGAUCCGGGUCGGGUUCCACUCAAUUACAUGCCAGAUGUCGAAGAUCCGGAGAGUCCUGUCCACGAGAUUAAGCGCAAGGGAGGAGAUUUGAGGUAUUGCCAAAAGUGUUCACAUUUCAAACCUCCGCGAGCUCACCAUUGUCGAGUUUGCAAAAGAUGUGUGCUUAGAAUGGACCACCAUUGUAUUUGGAUCAACAACUGCGUAGGGCACACUAACUACAAGGUCUUCUUCGUAUUUGUUGUCUAUGCGGUGACUGCUUGUGUAUAUUCCCUGGUUUUGCUUGUGGGAAGCCUUACUGUUGAACCUCAGGAUGAAGACGACGAGAUGGGAAGCUAUCUAAGAACUAUAUACGUACUUUCAGCUUUUGUUCUUAUCCCAUUGAGCAUCGCGUUAGGUGUUCUUCUCGGGUGGCACAUUUACCUCAUUUUACAAAACAAAACGACCAUCGAGUAUCACGAAGGGGUUAGAGCUAUGUGGUUAGCAGAGAAAGGUGGGCAAGUCUAUAAGCACCCAUAUGACAUAGGCGCAUAUGAAAACCUAACCUUGAUUUUGGGUCCGAACGUACUUUCUUGGCUCUGCCCUACAUCAAGGCAUAUCGGUUCUGGUCUGCGUUUCCGUACAGCUUUUGAUUCAAUCCACGGUUCAUCUGAAGCAAAACCUUAG